GAGCUAGGGUUGCCGAUGCUAAGUUGUAUGUCCAAGGCAUGUGGCCUGAGUGACCCCACGGGGUCUGGCUCAGUGCCUACUACGAGCGUCAGGAACCUACGAGCGUCCAGCCAGUUGGCGCGGACAGAGAAGCAGAGAACCAAGCAGCGGCGGGCGCCGGCUGCGGGUCGCCGCGACUCCAGGCCGCUGGGUGGCGCUGUGGGUGAGGGAGCGCCACCAGAACCCCGGGAAAGCAGCGGCGGCGGCGACACCGGAAGUGGAGGGUUGUCCAGCGCGCGAACGGCGGCGGCCAUGGCGGCGGGCUGCGGCGGGGCCGGCCCGGCCCGCUCCCUCUCUCGCUUCCGAGGCUGCCUGGCUGGAGCGCUGCUCGGGGACUGCGUGGGCGCUGUCUACGAGGCGCACGACACCGUCCACCUGACGUCAGUGCUGCGUCACGUCCAGAGCCUGGAGCCGGACCCGGACGCGCCGGGCAGUGCGCGGACAGAAGCCUUGUACUACACAGAUGACACGGCCAUGGCCAGGGCGCUGGUACAGUCCCUGCUGGCCAAGGAGGCCUUCGACGAGGUGGACAUGGCUCACAGGUUUGCUGAAGAGUACAAGAAAGACCCUGACCGGGGCUAUGGGGCUGGCGUCAUCACCGUCUUUAAGAAACUCCUGAACCCCAAGUGUCGCGAUGUCUAUGAGCCUGCCCGUGCCCAGUUUAAUGGGAAGGGCUCCUAUGGCAAUGGGGGUGCCAUGCGGGUAGCUGGCAUUCCCCUGGCCUAUAGCAACACCCAGGAUGUGCAGAAGUUUGCCCGACUCUCGGCCCAGCUGACCCACGCCUCCUCCCUGGGUUACAAUGGGGCCAUCCUACAGGCCCUGGCUGUGCACCUGGCUCUGCAGGGGGAGUCCUCCAGGGAGCACUUCCUCGAGCAACUCCUGGGCCACAUGGAGGGGCUGGAAGGGGAUGCCCAGGCUGUCCUGGAUGCCAGGGAGCUGGGCAUGGAGGAGCGGCCAUUCUCCAGCCGACUGAAGAAAAUUGGAGAGCUGCUGGGCCAGGACUCGGUGACCAGAGAGGAGGUGGUAUCUGAGCUAGGCAAUGGCAUCGCGGCCUUUGAGUCCGUGCCCACCGCCAUCUACUGCUUCCUGCGCUGCAUGGAGCCUGACCCCGAGAUCCCGCCCGCCUUCAACAGCCUCCAGAGAACUCUGAUCUACUCCAUCUCACUCGGUGGGGACACAGACACCAUUGCCACCAUGGCCGGGGCCAUCGCCGGGGCCUAUUAUGGGAUGGAUCAGGUGCCAGAGAGCUGGCAGCAGAGCUGCGAGGGCUACCAGGAGACAGACGUCCUGGCCCAGAGCCUGCACCGGGUCUUCCAGAAGAGUCUGUGAAUGCCACAGCUGCUGAUUCUGCCGUGUCCCCUGGGACCAACUCCCGCCCCGAUUGAAAGUCCUGAGGUCCUGAAGGCCUGACUGCGCUGGCCGAGUAUAUGCUGGGACAUUUCCUGGAACCCUCAGCAGAGGCCUGGGCCGCCAGCUCCUCAGACAUGGGAAGCGCCAGGCAAGUCUUCUUGGAGGGAAUUACUGAGGCCAUUUUCCUUUUGCAUCCAGGACAUGGAAUUCGGGGAGGUGCAGUGGCAUCAGUUCUCCAGGCUGGAUUGUUACAAACUGGCCAGAAGCCUGUUUUUGCUGGGGUCGGUUGCUGAGCAGUAGGUUGGAUCAAAGGCUGGUUAUCA